GAGAUGUACGUACUUGUUGGUGUGACUUUGGUGAAGACUGACUGAGUAGCAAGGAGCAGUUAUCGAAAUGACGAGUUUUAAAGUUUCGGGGUUGUUGGUGUGCCUGUUGGCGUUGGGUGGGUGCUCUUGGGCCGCGCCGCGUCUCGAGGACAACGAAGUGAUCGGUCGUGCGGAUGACGACGGCAGCAGCUGGAAGCUGAUCUCGAAGAUCUUGUCGGACUGUGGCUCGGACGACUCGUCCCGUGUGUUGGGUUGUCUGGGAGUGAAGGUGGUGACCGCCCUCGACCGAGCGGCCCGUGCCGAGAGCAUCUCUGUCAUCCCCGGCAUCUCCCUCAUCCGAUCCGACGCCGACGAUGCCGACCGUGCCGGACGCGCCCUCCUCACCGAGGACGAGCUGCAGAACUCGCUGCCUCAGGACCCCAGUGAACGAUCCUCUCGCCUUGUUGACAUGCUGUUCGACUCAGCUAUCCGCUUCAUGAAGACUCACUCGCUGCAACUCAAGUUCCCCGAGGAAGCACCCGAAGCUCUGCAGAGGGCUCUUGAAGAAGGCAGAGGCAAGAUCAAGAAGAAGCUGUUCCCCAUCUUGAUGUUGGUUGGACUGAAAAUCUUCGCUGUGAUCCCAGUUAUUCUUGGAAUCAUUGGACUGGUUGCUGCUAAGGCUUUGGUUGUAGGAAAACUUGCGCUCAUCAUCGCCGCUAUCCUCGGUCUGCAGAAGUUCUUCGCCGGAGGCGCCGGAGCUGGUGGCUUCCCAAGCUUUGGGAAGGUGACAAGCGACGGCUGGAACUCAGGCAGCUCAUCUGGAUGGUCGUCACCCAGCAGCGGUGGUCAGGGAGGUUACUACAGGCGGUCAAUGGACGACAACAUCGCCCACCAGAUGGCGUUCAAUGCUCAAGUGCCCGACACCUACAAGACUCAGUAGUCGCCUACUCACCACUCCCUACCUCAACGCCAAACUAUUGUACAUAUAGUUUCAUAUUUACUACGUAGAGAUAACUACUAAGUCGAGACCAGAAUCCGAACCGAACGAAGUAACUCCGCCUCGAAAGUAGAAUAAUUAUUGUUUAUCGAUUGACUACCGGAGUCGAGCUUAAUCUGAAUGCUUUCAGUUUGAUGACAGUUAAAUUUGAGAUAAUAGUCACCAAGUUUUUCAAAAGACAGUUCAUGAACAAAACACUUAAUUUCUGACUGGACAUAUCGUUCAGUCAGCUUGUAAUCAGAGCACACGAGAGGUCAUUCAAAAAAAUAUGAUUGAAGUGACCCGCUAUAUCGUAAAAAAGACAAUAUAAUCUUCAUGCGAAAUCUAUCUUUGAAUAGAUCUCAUCUAUUGCAAAAACAAUACAUUUGAAUCUGCUCUGGAAAAUUAAAAAACAUACUCAGAAUUUAUUUACGACUAAUCUAAUUAGAGUAUUAUUGAUAGCAUUGUAGAUUACGCUCGAUCAUAACUAUUGUAUAUACUGUUCUUACCUGAUGAGACCUCACCAAUCAGAGGUCGCUCUAAUAAUGUAGUUAAUCAGUGUUACCAAUGCCACUGCUCCAGCACAAAUAUUAGCCUAAUUACUUGCAAAUCUGUCUGCUGCCAUUGCAUUAUUGUAGAAUUUAGAACUGUAAUUUUAUUUUUAUCAUGUUGCUCUAUGGAUACGUGGCGAUGUUAGCAUAGUAAUUGCUCACAGUCGUCUACGAACAAUGUAAACUCCAAGAGUUGUGUUAUGUAUUGUUGAUUCAAUAUAAUUUAUUAAUUUAUUAUA